AUAAAACUCAGAAGACAUACAAAACAAAGAAAACACUGCCGUUCCUGUUAAAUAUGAUAGCACUGCUUGCCGUUUUGUAACUUUUUUAGUUUGUUGAACAUAAACAUCUGUUUUUUUUCCGGGGAGGUUCUAUCCACUCCUUGCCGGAAUCCUCUGUUACUUGAUAUCCGACAGAACAUCUGAUGAGCUCCUCUGUCGGGAUAUCGUUUCCUCUAACCAUUAAUACCCCAUCAUCUACAGGAACCUCAUCACUGUUUCCACCAUCACAGAUUAAGCAAAAGCCUCGAGAAAUCUCAAUCUCAUUACCUUAUCCAGUUACAUCACUGACAGAGCUUUUACGAGAUGCUGCAGAUAAAAACUCUCUUCAAAACACGAAAUCGAUUCAUGGGAUCGUCACCAAAUCUCAGUUUACGUCGAAGUCCAUGACGCUGCUGUUGAAUCAAAUGGUCAUCGCGUAUUCAAAAACCUCAGACUUCGGCUCCGCACGCCAGGUGUUCGACGAAAUUCCCCACAAGAGUGUUUUCUCGUGGACUGUAUUAAUAGUCGGAGCUACAGAGAACGGGUUUCACCGCGACGGGUUUGGCUACUUCGUCGAGAUGCUUAGCUGUGAUGUUUCCCCAGAUGAAUACGCUCUUUCCGCUGCAGCGCAGGCGUGUACUUGUUGCGUGGACGGCGUUACUCUCUGUGAAAUGGUUCACGCUCAGGUUGUGACACGCGGGUUCUCGUCUCUCACGUUUGUUAACACGUCUUUGCUUAGCGUGUACGCUAAGCUGGGGAGGGUUGGGGAUUCCCGUAAGGUGUUUAGCUCCAUGGAGAGUCGUAACGAGGUUUCGUGGAACGCGAUGAUAUCAGGGUUUGCGUCGAACGGUCUUUACUCGGAAGCGUACGUUAGUUUCUCGAGGAUGCUGGAGGAAGGGAUUAGACCGAACGUGCCGUGUUUUAUCAGCGUCUCCAAAGCUGUUGGGAAGCUGGGAGAUGCUGAGAAAGGUAGAUACAUUACUCGUGUUGCGUUAGAGAUGGGUGUGCAGUCGAACGUCCACGUGGGGACAGCUUUGAUUGAUAUGUUUGCGAAAUGUGGAUGCUUAACCGAAGCGAGGUCGGUUUUUGAGUCGAGUUUCUCUGGAUGCAGAGGAGUGAAUUUACCGUGGAACGCUUUGUUAUCUGGUUAUACAAGUUCUAGAGAGGGGGAAGAAGCGGUGUUACUGUUCCUUAGAAUGUGUCGGAAUGAUGUCGAGAGAGAUGUGUACACGUAUUGCAGUGCGUUGAAUUCAGUUGCUGACAUGAGGUCUUUAGAAUAUGUAAAGCAGGUUCAUGGAAUGAUCGUGAAAGGUGGGGGAGAAACCACCGGUGUGAUGUGUCUUUUCAACGCCUUGAUGGAUGCAUACGCCAAAAGUGGUGAGCUUGGAGCAAUGAGGAAGCUUUUCGACGUUAAUAGAGAGGAAGCGAAUCAGAUCUCAUGGACAACGCUUGUGACAGCUUACUCUCAGUCUUCUGAAUGGGAGGAGGAAGCACUAAGCGUUUUCUCCCAGAUGAGAGAAACGGGGUUUCAACCGAACCAGAUCACGUUUUCAGCUGUGCUCGCGUCGUGUGCUAGCCUCUGUUUCCUUGAAUAUGGACAGCAAGUCCACAGCUUGACAUACAAAACUGGCUUUGCUACAGACAAAUGCGUCGAGAGUGCUCUCAUCGACAUGUAUGCGAAGUGCGGUAGCGUGAGAGACGCCAUCAAGGUCUUUGAAUCUUUGAAAGACCCUGAUGUCGUCUCAUGGACCGCCAUGAUAUCUGGAUACGCCCAACACGGCAUGGCUAAAGAUGCGUUAGGACUCUUUAGAAAGAUGGAGGAGUUAGUCUUUCCCAAACCAAACUCUGUUACGUUCCUAUGUCUUCUCUUUGCUUGCAGCCACGGAGGACUAGUGGACGAAGGCCUGAGGUGUUUUCACUUGAUGGAGGAUAAAUAUGGACUGGUCCCGGAGAUUGAACAUUAUGCUUGUGUGGUUGAUAUCCUGGGCCGUGUGGGACGUCUAUCCGAAGCAUGGGAGUUUAUAAUGAAGAUGCCUAUGGAGCCUGAUGAGAAAGUCUGGUCGACGUUGCUUGGAGCGUGUAGGGUCCAUGGGGACAUUCAGUUGGCUGAGAUUGCGGCUCAGAAGGUUAUUGGUUAUAACCCGGAAGAUUCAGCUGCUCUUGUUCUAUUGUCAAACGCGUACAGAGAAGCUGGGAAUAUUGAAGCUGAGUUGAGUGUAAGGAAUGUGAUGAACUCUCAAGCCAUGAGAAAAGAACCUGGCCUGAGCUGGAUAACCAUUGGAGGUCAGAUCCACAAGUUUUGCUCUGGGGAUCAUCACCAUCCCCAGAAGGAUGAUAUAUACAGAGUUUUGAAUGAUUUGAUGGAGAAAAUAAAGAGUAAAAAGCAUUGAAUCGUAAUCUUGCUGCACAUACUGCACACAAUGCUAUGAGAAACAACGUCAAGGACAUUACAUUCAAGAAACCGUGUUACUUUCAAGCCAUUUGAUGAAGGGUUGCUGAAAGUUCCUUGAGUCCCUUGUUGGCGUCUGAAACUAUCUUCCUCUCUCCAUCCACUAUUCUUGAAGUCCUGCCUAAGCAAAAUUUCGUCUCUGUAAGUAUCGACUGUCUAGAGCAUGUGAUAUGUAUUGUAUCAUCCCCUGGUGAAAUUUUGUUCAAGAAGGCUCUCUCUCCCCUGAAUCAUCUUCUCUACGCUGUUAUCGUUGGUGAAAGAAUCUGAAUGCUUGAAAGAUUCAAAACUUUCUCUUGGCUUGUUUGUACCGAAGAUUAGUCAGCUUGCUAGGCAUCAUUUCUUGAUCUCUUCAAGUUUCCUCAACACUUGCUUGAAGCUCGGUCUAAUAGAAGGCGAUGGAGAGCAACAAGACAUCGCCAGCUCAAUGUAUUCAAGAACAUACUCUUUGGUCACAUCUUUCUCACCACAUCCCCCAAGAAUCUCAGAACGGCACAAAUUCAACAGUUUCUCAUGUUCAAGAACAGAACCGCUAGUCGAAUUCUUGUUCGUUGGCAGUUUACUCGAAACCAACUCAAGCAUGAUCACACCGAAGCUGUAAACAUCGCUCUCCUUGCUCACUUCCUUCAUCUUAAUCAACUCAGGCGCUUUAUAACCCUCUCCAGCUGAAGCCUCUAGUAUCUCUUGCCCAGCCGCGAGAUUCAAGAGCAAAUGCAAGCCGAAAUCAGAGACUCUAGGCCUAAAACUCUGGUCCAAGAGAACGUUUUUGGACUUGAGGUUCCCGUGAACGAUAGGUUUCUGCAUUCCUGUGUGGAGAUGGUCAAGAGCUUUGGCUAUUCCAGUGGUGAUGCUCAAGAUAUUGCUCCAUUUGUGUGAUUCAACAUCUCCACCUGCCAAAACUAUGCAAUUUUUUUUAAGCACAUGGUGAAUAAUACUAAUAGAAAACUAAUGACAAUGCUUUUGCUGAUUUCGAUGUUUUUUUAAAACGAGAUCUAUAAAGUUUUUGUCUUUCAUGGGUGAGCAUAAGAAAGUGGGACGUGACUAAAAAAGUAGUUACCGACAAAAGAUAGAUCAAUAAUUGUAGUGAUCCAUACUAUACAAAAGACAGAUCAAUAAACAUCAGACCAUUUCGUUUA